AUGGAGGCUCUCUUUUCAAUCCCGAUGCUAUCGUUAUUCCUCGUUCCCGUCCUUUCAUCCUACAGCACCAGCCUCAACAUAAUCUUCUUCUACAUGACAUGGACGACGCUCGUGCUGUCCCAUCCCCCACUACGAGUGGAAUUAUUCGGCACAGCCGCCGUGCGCAUAUUAUUCUAUAUGCUCCCAUCCGUCAUCUUCUUCCUCUUCGAUGUCCUGACCCCGUCGGCAGCGGUGGUCCUCAAGGCGCAAGGCGAAACCGGACUACCUAGCGGAAGGAAGAACGGCAAGAUCCGAGCCCGGGAAUUCAAGGUUGCCGGAUGGGCACUGUUGAACCUAUGCUUGAGUAUCGCUGCGCAGGCAGCAAUCGAGUCGCUGCUUGUGAAGGGCUUGGGCAUGCGCAGUGCGAUCAAGGUGUCGCUGAAACUUCCUAUGCCAUAUGAGAUGUUCAAGGAUAUGAUCCGUGGCAUGCUAGGGCGAGAGAUCCUUAGUUACGUCGUCCACCGCUAUGUCCUCCACUCGAAGAAUUCAUACCUCGCCAAAUAUCACCAGUCUUGGUACCAUUCGCUGAGGGCCCCCUUCCCUUUGACUGCGCACUAUGAUCACCCGCUCACCUACAUGGUAUCCACCUUCAUCCCGACCUACCUGCCCGCCAUGCUCUUCCGCUUCCAUAUGCUUACAUAUCUCUUGUACCUGUCCAUUAUCUCCAUUGAAGAGACCUUUGUCUAUUCUGGGUAUACUAUUAUGCCAACCAAUUUCUUUUUGGGUGGCAUUGCUCGCCGCACGGAUAUGCAUUUGCUGUUAGGUGCAGAUGGUAAUUUUGGACCGUGGGGCAUUUUAGAUUGGAUUUUUGGAACUACUGUUGGGGAUACUGAUGUAGAGGAUGAUAUUAUGGGUGAACUUGAGGAGCAUGAAGUUGAGGAUAAGAUGAGGAGAGCUGUUCAGUCUUCGAAGAGGAAGAUCAAGGGUGGGAGAAAGAGAUGA